GUUACCCAAUUUACUCUAAAGGCGGAAAAAAAAGCUGAAACAUAGGAAGAAAACAGACCAAUAGUAGCUACUUUCCUAUUCAGCUGAAUGUCUGAAGAAAUAAGGCAGUGUACGCCUUUGUAUUUGCCUGUCCCCAAAGAUAACAGACCGGUCAGAAAUUGAACAACCAGGCAGGAGGUUGCGUUAUGUAAACGCCUGUCUUUUCUGACGAAAUGAGAGGGCGGAUGAGGACUCUUUAAAUUAGCUAACUAGCAAGCUGACCAUCAUUUUCUUCUUCUAGCAAGGUUUGUGUGGUUAUUACUCUCUUUAUCAGAGAACUAUAGAGACAGUAAUCACGGCAGUUGUCUGUAAAUACGUGCCCAGAAUUGUCAUUCAUUGACCGCCUCCAAGCCCCGGGGCUCUCCCCCGGCCGGCGACAGAAGCAUGGCAGGAAAUCCGAGGAGGGGCGCUGGUCUCAUCGGCUUGAUGAAGGACGCAUUUCAGCCCCAUCACCAGCCUCUCCAGCCUCACCAACCUGCAGUGGUAGACAAGAAAAUGGUGGAGAAAUGCUGGAAACUUAUGGAUAAGGUGGUGCGUCUGUGCCAGAACCCUAAGGUGGCCCUGAAGAACAGCCCCCCAUACAUCCUGGACCUACUGCCAGACACCUACCAGCACCUCCGCACCAUACUGUCCCGCUACGAGGGCAAGAUGGAGACGCUUGGGGAGAACGAGUACUUCCGGGUGGUGAUGGAGAACCUGACCAAUAAGAUCAAGCAGACCAUGAGCUUGUUCAAGGAGGCCAAGGAGCGCAUGUACGAGGAGAACUCUCAGCCCAGGCGGAACUUGACCAAGCUGUCGUUGAUAUUCAGCCACAUGCUGGCUGAGCUAAAAGCCAUCUUUCCCAAUGGCCUGUUCCAAGGAGACAACUUCCGCAUCACCAAAGCUGACGCCGCCGAGUUCUGGAGGAGGUCUUUUGGUGACAAGACCAUUGUUCCAUGGAGGACGUUCCGCCAGGCUCUUCAUGAAUUCCACCCCAUCAGCUCAGGCCUGGAGGCCAUGGCUCUCAAGUCUACCAUCGACCUCACCUGCAACGACUGCAUCUCCGUCUUUGAGUUUGACAUCUUCACCAGGCUCUUCCAGCCGUGGUCAUCUCUCCUGAGGAACUGGAACAGUCUGGCUGUCACACAUCCGGGGUACAUGGCCUUCCUCACCUACGACGAGGUCAAGGCCCGACUGCAGAGGUUCAUCCACAAGCCUGGCAGUUAUAUCUUCAGACUGAGUUGCACUCGGCUGGGCCAGUGGGCCAUUGGCUACGUCACUGCAGAUGGGAACAUCCUGCAGACCAUCCCCCACAACAAGCCCCUCUUUCAGGCCCUCAUUGAUGGAUACAGGGAGGGAUUCUACUUGUUCCCAGAUGGCCGGGCCCAGAACCCAGACCUCACAGGUCUGUGUGAGCCCUCCCCACAGGACCACAUCAAAGUCACACAGGAGCAGUAUGAGCUCUACUGUGAGAUGGGCUCCACAUUCCAGUUGUGUAAGAUCUGUGCAGAGAACGACAAGGAUGUGAAGAUAGAGCCCUGCAGCCACCUCAUGUGCACCUCCUGUCUCACUGCCUGGCAGGAAUCGGAGGGGCAGGGCUGUCCAUUCUGCCGCUGUGAGAUUAAAGGCACAGAGCCCAUCGUGGUAGACCCCUUCCACCCCAAGAACAGCAGCAGCGGGGCCUCCUUUGCCAGCUUCCAGGGACCUUACGGGGCGGAAGGAGGGGGCUCCCUGUCAGUCUCCCCCAGCAACGAUGAGGACGAUGACGAGCGCCUGGAGGACCCCCACCUCAUUAUGAACAGGCUGGCCUGCACCAAGGUGGAGCGCCCGCCCUCCCCUGUGACGCCGCUGCCCCCUGUGCCCCCCCGGCUGGACCUGCUGCAUCAGAGGCCCCCCAGCUCCCCAGGGGUCCUGGGCCAAGGAGCAACAACCAAGAUUGCAGCCCUCCACAGAGACAAACCUUUGCCCCUCCCUCCUGCCCUGAGAGAGUUACCCCCUCCUCCCCCACCCGAACGCCCCUCUCCCCUUGGACUGCCAGAGGGCCGGCUCCAAAGGAGACCCCUGCCAUGCACCCCUCCAGAGCCCAACUGGGCCUCCAACUACAUGGUUCCCCGCCCCGUAGCCAAGGCCCCCCCACAGACCAACGGACCCAGUGACAGUGACUGUAUCCACAGAGCAAAGCCGCUAGCAGCGACCAACGCUAUCUACUCCCUGGCAGUCGGGCCUCCUCAACAGGAGUCUACUGGUGAGAAGUCAUCUGGGAGUGAUGAGGAGAAUGAGUACAUGAGCCCCACCUCUCUCCCUGCAGGAGGAUCCUCCUGGGCCAUGGCGGGUGCUGUUGUGCCCGCACCACCACUGCUCCAAACCACUAACCACGACUCACGGACUGUGGUGUGUGAUGUGGACUGUGAGGACCCUCAGGUGUAUGAGUCCAUGUGUAACAUCCAGGCGCAGGCUAGUGCUACUGUGCUCCUACCUCUGGCCUCCCUGUCCCUGCCCCAGCAGCCCCCGGAAUCAGACUACCUCAUCCCUCCCCCUGCGGUUCCCCUGCACCAUGUGGUAGAGGAGAUUGAGGAAGAGGAUGUGUAUGAGUAUGACUACCCACGACCCCAAGCUCCCCCGGCACCCGCCAGGCGCACCCUCUCUGAUGUCACCGGCACCUCGGCCGUCUUCAGCUGCCUCUCAAUGGAUAGCCCUACCAUAGAUGCCUCUACGUUUGCAUCAGGUCAGGACCCCGAGCGCCCCCCUAAGCCCCUCCCCCGCCGGGUCAACUCAGACCACCGGCCCCGCCCCCUUACCCCAGAGGCCCUGCCCCCUGCUGCCAGUCCAUCAGCUGGCUCCCGAGGGGGGCCCGGUCCCGCUCCAGUUCCCGGUGCGGCGCUACCCAUCAACGGGGAGAUAGAGUGUCUGAUGAGCCAGGGUUACUCAUUCCAGGACAUUCAGAAGGCCCUGAUGAUCGCCCAGAACAACCUGGAGACGGCCAAGAACAUCCUGCGCGAGUUUGUCUCCAUCCCCUCCACGGCCCACAUCCUCACGUAGCAGCCUCAACACCGCACCCUAUAUCAUUCACCCACUGUGCCAUAAUGGAUAGCAUUUCUACUGUGCUGGUUGUGACAGGUCUAGAAGCGCUGUAAAUUGUAAGGGUAGGAGGACUCACCUCGGUCCCAUGCACAGGCAUCUAGUGAGAGAAUCUAAAGGGAGAGGGAGAAUGCUUGAUGUGGCCUCUGUAUGGCCAAGCCUUUGACCCUUGUAUGGUCGUUUGUGCUUGGCUCUGGUCUUAUUGUGUGGCUCUAAGCAUUUCCUUGUUUCUGAGUGCAGGGUAGAAUAAGCCUAACUUUACACUGUGUGCUUAGGCUGCAGUGUCUCGCAAGGAAUAGUUUGGGACUUAUUGUGCAGCAGCAGUAACUGUCAUUGGGGCAUACUUGACUCAUGAUUCCCACUCCCUCUUCACCCUAAUGGUGCCCAUGUUAGUUUUGGUUGGGUCAUAGUCGUACAUACAGUUUGUAGCUAGAUACGCCAGGUGGAGACUAAAGCAUUUGAUUUUGUGGUUUGUGCUAAAGCUAAUGAAUGUGAAUAUUUUAGUUGCAUUGCAGUAUUACAGGGCUCCAUGUCAUACAUUUCACUGUAAUUGUAGUAGACGAAGUAACGGUUUUUAAAAAGUAAGCAUAACUCCAAAUUGCUUUAGUUCCUGGUUUAGUGAUUGUCUUAUAAUAUAUAACAGUCUGAAUGACGUGUACGUAAUCUUGGAAUGUACAGUAAGCGUAUUCAAUGUAGUGCUAACAUUGACUGGUGAACUAACGUGUAACAUUUCUGAUGUCAUUAUUUUGUAUAAUUGUAUUAAUGCCACCAGUGGUAGUGGUUUCACGGUUAAGCCUUAUUGUUAAUUCUGUGAAUAGCUUAUAUAUUUUAAAGUGAGUGUCCUUUUUUAAUGUCAUACUUAAAAAUUAAGGGAGUAUAUGUGCCCUAUCUGAAUUUUGCUCUCUACUAAUCAGUGUGCAAUUGGACUGCUGCUUGUAAGGGUUUGUUUUUUCGUAUCCAUACUAUUAAUUUUCCAGACAAUAACAUGUUGAUUGGGCAGAGAAGACAAAGUGAUCCCAAGUCAUGUAUACACCAUGAUAUUUAGUGAAAUGAAGUACUUAAUUGGCACUACCUCAGACUUGCUUUGCUGCCUCCUCUGGGAAAGAACACUUUGUACAACGUUCUUGUUUAUACGUUACAAACAGAACAUUGCCCCAUCUUAAGGUGGCUCAAUAUUAGUUUUGAACUUUUAUGUAGUUUCUUUGUACCUACGUUGAUUAGCAUUGUUUUUUCCCCCAAGGAUGUGGCUUCGACACAUUGAGAAAUCUGUAAAUAUAUGAAUAAUUAAAUCUAUUUCCUUUGAAUUUGAAACCCCGUUGAACAGAGGGAGUUUUUGUCAUUGUCUUCUGGACUCAGGUACACAUCAGACUGAACAAUGUGCAGUGAUAUGCCAAGGUUGUAUGGGGACUCUCACACCAGAAAUGUUAGGUGUUAAUGUGUUGGAUUCAAAGCCAAAAGCAUUUAAAUACAGGUUUAAAUCACAUAUUAUUAGAUACUUGUAAGGUAAAUGUAAAGAAUGGCCAUGAUAUUUCUGCAUCGGUUUGUUUCGCUUGAGUUCAAUAUUGUUUUAACUUCUUUCAAAUUGUGAUAUACAUUGACUGCAAUUCAUUGAUCAUGAACUUAAGUGCCACUCCUUGUAAAAUCCUUUGUGAGAAUUGACUUGAAACUGAAAUGGUUCAAAGUGGUGCUUUCUAAGGCCUCUGCUUUCCACUGUCUCGCUCAUAUGUGGACUUACCACAAGAGGGCACUCUGUCAUAAGAGAUUGCUGUGGUCUCAUGCCACACUAGUCAUUGCACCACACACAGUGCUCAAUAGUUGCAGAAUUUACUGUUGGUACUUUGUCGUUCGAUCCAAUGUGAAAUUGUAUGUUAUAAUUCAUUGUGCGCCUCACCUGUACAUACGGAGAGAACUAACAAAAAAAAGAGCUUUUUUUCAUUGCCUUAUUGCAUGUGUAGAUGAAGUAUUUUAUUUAUUGAUUUUAAUAUACUCAGCAUUCAUUAUGUUGCCAUGUGUUCAUGCCUCAGCCAUUAAAGAUUUUCAA